AUGCCACUGCCAAGGUCAAACUCUUGUGUUGAUAUUGACUUUACACUUCGCCGUAUAUUCAAGAAGACUUCAUUCAGACCUUUGCAACGAGAGGUCAUCGUUGCUGCGUUAGAUGGACAUGAUAUUUUUAUUCAAGCUGCCACUUCGUUUGGGAAAAGUUUAUGUUUUCAGUUGCCUGCAGUGAUCGACCAUGGAAUUACCAUUGUUAUCUCGCCGUUACUUUCACUGAUGACCGACCAAGUCAAUGCCUUGCGAUCUGCAGGCAUCGCAGCGGGUAGUAUCAAUGGUAAUACAGCCUGGCCAGAACGACAGCGACUUCUUGCAGACCUUGAAUCCGGUCACCCCCUUACGAGACUUCUGUAUGUAACACCUGAACAGUGUUCUACGGACAACUUCCGCAAACAUCUCAGAACUGUGCAUGAACAGCGAGAGCUUGCUCGGAUUGCCGUUGAUGAAGCACAUUGUAUCAGCGAAUGGGGUCAUGAUUUUAGAAAGUCCUUCAAGAAUCUUUCAUGGUUCCGAGAGUCUUUCCCGGAUGUUCCCAUUAUAUGCUUAACAGCAACGGCUACGAAUCAAGUGCGGCAAGAUGUUAUAGGCACUAUGUGUCUGUCGGAAGCAAAGUUGAAGGUAUUCAGGAUGACAACAAAUCGCGAGAACCUUCAUUAUGAAGUGAGAUUUAAAUCAGAUGAAGCAGAUCAUUUUAAUGAUUUUCUACACUGGCUCAAGGGGGUUCACAGAAAUCGAACCGAAAAUCCAGAACGUCGAGCCGAACUGGAACAGAAGCACGAACGUCUGGAUAAUGUGUCAGGCAUCAUUUACACUCUCUUUAGGCAGGAUUGCGAGAAUCUUGCAUCUAGGUUGAGACACAGUGGAAUCGGGGCCAAAGCCUAUCAUGCCGGACUCACCCACGAAGAAAAGACGGAAACACUGAAUCGAUGGAUCAAUAACGAUAAGGGGUAUGAUGUGAUAGUUGCGACAACAGCCUUUGGGAUGGGUAUAGAUAAGGAAAACGUGCGUUUUGUCGUUCAUUGGCAGAUUCCAAAAUCUUUCGAAGGCUUCUAUCAAGAAGCUGGGCGAGCCGGAAGGGAUGGAAAGGCUAGCAUACAUAUCAUGUAUUACAGCCGCGAGGAUCGUGACCGGGCAUACAACAGAGUUUCUCGUGACGCCAAGGAAAGAGUCAAUCUGGAAGCUAGGGUAAAGAGUUUGAAAGCUUUAGUUUCUUACUGCGAGGAAACUGAUGUAUGCCGACACAAGCUAAUCUGCAAGUACUUCGGGGAGAAUGAAGUGCCUGCCUGUGAUUAUGCUUGUGAUUGGCACAAAGAUGUGAAAGCUUUGAAAAAAGCAAAGGUCAAUGAUUUGAUGAGUGAAGAAUAUGUAAGCACGCAAAGAGAAUUGGGUCAUUAUAACAAUGGAUACGAUGACAACAAUGCUCCAAGCAACAAUGCUCCUAGCAACAAUGCUCCUAGCAACAAUACUACUAGCAACGACAAUUGGGUCUUUGUCAAAUUGACUCGCUGGGAAAACGGCCAUAACACCAGCUCAGCUCCUCUCCCUGUCGAAAUUGACACCAGCGCAGCACGCUUGAAUCUCCAGGCGGUUGAAAAGACUAUCUGGGAUCACUUUAUUGGUCUCGAGAGAGACAUCUCCACGGCCCGUGAUCGCAAAAACCUUCCAGCAGGAGCUGGUCCACGCACAAGUGAUGGUAUUGAGGGGUUAAGCGUUACCUGGCAGGGGCGUUGCUCUGAUGAGUGGUCUGCAAACGAGGAGACUGUCAUUACGGAAAAUAACCUUACUGGAGUUUGGCACAAACUAACGAAGAUUCCUACCGCGAUCAUUCAUUGCAUUGUCAAGGACAGCAAGCUCCCAGGCAUCGAGUGGAGUCCCACAGAUAGAUAG